CCUCGUUUCAAAAAUAUUUAAUCGGCAAUCAUUGCAAUUCCUGUUUGAUUCGUGUCAAUUCUCCGCAGCGCGUAAGUUUAUCAUGGGCUCGCAACAGCAAAUACAGCGAUCUCGCCUUUGGGGGAAAACGAACGCCAUUUUCUCCAGAGAGAGGGCUUAUACUCUUUGACAACCAUUUUAAUGCAUUAAGUUUUCUGAUGAUAUUUUGUGCCCUUGCAGUUAUUACAGGAACUUGUGUGUUCAUCAUUAGUCUACUAACUUGACAUUUAUAGGCGAGGUCGGUGCAGCCUGCGCGGUGUAUAGUUUUGUGAAUGGAGGUCUCUUUUUUUUUUUUUUCUUUUUUUUCUCACACAUCGAGUUUCACUUCAUUGAGAAAAACCAAAUGUACCCGUCUGCAUCCCGCAAGACUACAAGAGUAAACAGAAGACCCAAAGAAACAAUAUAACCAUCGCUUUUAAGCGAAGACCCAUUUCUGGGAGCCUCCUUGAAGACCCAGGAAACAUGGAUGGAUUUUAUGACCAGCAAGUUCCAUUUAUGGUCCCACCUAAUAAAUCAUUACAUGUGGAGGAAUCAUAUAGCAGACCAAUUAAUGACAGAAAAAGAAAGUUGGUGGAAACUGAACUCGCUCAGGAUACGGAGGAACUUUUCCAGGACCUUAGUCAGCUGCAGGAGAUCUGGAUUGCAGAAGCUCAGGUACCCGAUGAUGAACAAUUCGUCCCAGAUUUUCAGUCGGAGAGCUUGAUGUUUCAUGGUCCAACACCAGCCAAGAUCAAACGGGAACAGAGUCCCUCCAAAGAGCUCUCUCCCUGUAGCCAGGAUAGAUGUCCAAUGCCGUAUGGAGAGAAGUGCCUUUACAGCUACAGUGCCUAUGAAAGGAAGCCCGCAGCUGGGUUCAAGCCAUUGACUCCUCCCUCAACACCCGUCUCUCCUUGUGGCUCCACCAACACCCAUGGGACAUGUCCCCCUGUCUCUAACACAACAAUAGGGCAGCGUCUCCUUCAUGGGCAGCCUUCAAUGACCAACUCCACACCCAGCCAUUCUGCACCCCAUCACCAAAGCCAGAGCCCACCUUUUGCAGUGCCCUGUCCACCCCUAAACCGUGACAUUCACUUCAAUAAUGAACCUCGGUUUCAGCGGCAACUUUCGGAGCCUUGCCUUCCAUUCCAACCUUCUGAUACCCAGGCAAGACCCAACUUCAUGCCACAGGUCCCCAGCACUUCACCUAGAGAUGGAAGGCCACCUUACCAUCGCCAAAUGUCAGAGCCGCUGGUUCCGGUGCCUCAAGGCUUCAAGCAGGAGCUCCUUGACCACCGCUAUGCUGAGCAAGGUGUUCCCAACAUGGGCCCAUCCCAGGCUGCCUUCCACUCAAUGGCCAUCAAGCAAGAGCCACGAGACUUCUGCUUUGACUCUGAAUUGCCUAAGUGUCAGUCUUCAUUUGGGAGGGCAGCAAGCUUCUACCAAAACCAUGAGAACUGCUCAUUUGACCGAGAUCAGCAAUUGUAUUACGAUGACACCUGCGUGGUUCCAGAGAGACUUGAAGGAAAGGUAAAGCAAGAGUCCUCUGUGUAUCGUGAUGGUCCACCUUACCAGCGCCGCGGCUCCCUCCAGCUUUGGCAGUUCUUGGUCACGCUCCUCGAUGAUCCGUCCAACGGGCAUUUCAUUGCCUGGACAGGACGCGGAAUGGAGUUCAAACUUAUUGAGCCAGAGGAGGUGGCCCGACGCUGGGGCAUCCAAAAGAACAGACCGGCCAUGAACUACGACAAGCUGAGUCGCUCACUACGCUACUACUAUGAGAAGGGGAUCAUGCAGAAGGUAAAGGUUGCUGGUGAGAGGUAUGUGUACAAAUUUGUGUGUGAUCCCGAGGCCCUCUUUUCCAUGGCAUUCCCAGACAACCAGAGACCCAACCUCAAAGCAGACCCUGAUGGCCUGCCUGGAGUUGAUGAUGACACACUUCCAUUGACACAUUAUGAUGAGGCUUCAUACUUGGUAGAUGGUGGAGAGCAGUGUGUUGCUGGGAUGUCUUUUCCAGACGGUUAUGUGUACUAACCUACAACUCUGAAAAACCUGAAUUAUUGAUCUGACUGGAACACAUCUGUCCCCAUUGCCUCAACUCUUUCAGAUCUGAUGCCCACUUCCAGAUUAACCCUCCCAAACAUAAAAAUGAAUGAGGAGAAAUCUGCAAGCCACAUUUUAUCUGGUGUCAAUCCACGAGAAGGGUGUCAAGGAGGUAAGGAAAGGCUGGUUUCCAGUGCUUAAACCUUCCUCAAGGCAAACGGUCACUGCCUCAGAGAAGAGGUUGCACUGGAGCUGACUGGUGCUGAAAGACUGACGGAUCUCACUGCAAGAAUUGUAGCAAUUCUGUUUUUGACAAUCUUUUGUUUUUUAUUAUUAUUUUAUUUUAUUUUAUUUUAUUUUUUUUAUAAAAGAAAUUAGUAAGCAAUUAUUAUGAGACAUGGUAACAAAAACCCUUCAAUGCAGCACUAUUUAAUAGAUGCCUUUUUGGUCCCAAUUAAUUUUGUGUUACCUCCAAACCAUGUAGACAAGAAGUCAAAAGGGCUUUGUUUUGCAAGGAGAAAAAAGAUCAAUUUUGUUCCGUUAGACUUUCAUAGACUCUUUAGAAAGCUGGCUUUUAUACAACAAUUUUUGUUCAGCUAAAUGUGGACAGCUUUAAUUAUGCUGAGGAAUCCUACAGAACAAUGCUUUUGUUUUUGUAUCAAUGGUUUGGUUCUAAAUGUUUUGUCAAAUGUUGUUUUUAUAUUAACUUAUAUUUUCAUGCUGGUUAACCCAAUUAAGAGUUAUUGAUGUGAACCUAAUUUAAACCAGAAGCACUCUUUUUAAAAAACAUUUUUUUCAAGUACACGGAACUGUUAAACAAUUUUAAAUGUAUUUCAGAAUGCCUAAUAGCUAUUUAUUUUGUUUUUACGCCACAAAAUAAUUCAAAAAUUGAAAUAUAGAGAUGAUGUAAUUUUUUUUAUUUGACAACAUUCAAAAGGGAUGCACUAGUCAGAAUUGAUCAUAUAUAUAUAUAUGUAUGCCUUUUGCAUUCUUUCUGGCUUAGAUUUUUUUGUUUGCCAUCGUUUUAGAUUUGAAUGCCCAGGAAAGCAGGAGCAUCAGGGUCUUAAGGGCAUGCAAUAAGGUAAAAAAUAAAAGCAUUUUCCUGGUUACCAACUCAUUGCCAAUUUCAAGUUUUGCAUGAUGUACUCAACAAUCAGCUGUCCACUAAUUUAUCGCUCUAUGCUGGACAAAGAAGAAAUUGUGGAGUUCUCUGCAUCUUUAUUUUUUUCCCUUUUGUUUAUUUUGAAAGAUGAACUUUAUAUAUUUUUGCGAAGUCUGCAUUUAUUUGAUUUUAUUGUAUGAGCUGUAUAGUUAUGCCUGUAACAGAUACUGUAUGUAUGUUUUAAAUGGAUCCCUGCGUUGCAGUGACUGCACACCAGUGGUUACUGGACACCCUUUCCUGGUGGGUUCGAGAGCAGUGCCUUUUAAAAUGAGAAAUGCAGCUUAUACAUUAACAGUUUUCUCAUGGAAUGAGUGGCUUGUCUCAACCUCCACCACAGAAGGGUUGUCUGCACUUGUACAGGCUGAACCUUGUCCCCUCACAAUGUGUACCUUACACUGCUGAGUUAAUCUGUACUGGUUACAAUAAACUGUCCUUUCUGCUUCA